CGGCGCGCCGCGGUUUGAAAGGCCCAAGCUUCGCGCGCUUGCGCACUUAAGCCCGCGCAGGGCGCCCUCCCUCCCCGCCCCCAAGCCAGGACCCUUCUUCAUCCUCCCGUCCAGGCGAAGCCCCCGACUUUGACAUGCCAGAGAUUCGCCUCCGCCACGUCGUGUCCUGCAGCAGCCAGGACUCGAUCCACUGUGCAGAGAACCUUCUCAAGGCUGACACUUACCGGAAAUGGCGGGCAGCCAAGGCUGGUGAAAAGACCAUCUCGGUGGUGCUGCAGUUGGAGAAGGAGGAGCAGAUACACAGCGUGGACAUCGGGAAUGAUGGCUCAGCCUUUGUGGAGGUGCUGGUGGGCAGCUCGGCUGGAGGGGCCGGCGAGCAAGACUAUGAGGUCCUUCUGGUAACCUCAUCCUUCAUGUCCCCUUCUGAGAGCCGCAGUGGUGCAAACCCCAACCGUGUUCGCAUUUUUGGGCCUGACAAGUUGGUCCGGGCUGCCGCAGAGAAGCGCUGGGACCGGGUCAAGAUUGUGUGCAGCCAGCCCUACAGCAAGGACUCCCCCUAUGGCCUGAGUUUUAUACGGCUUCAUAGUCCCCCAGAUAAAGACCAGGCAGAGGCCCCGUCCCAGAAGGUGACCGUGACCAAGCUUGGCCAGUUCCGUGUGAAGGAGGAGGAUGACAGUGCCAGUUCCCUGAGGCCAGGGGCUCUCUUCUUCAGCCGGAUUAACAAGACAUCCCCGGCCACAACCAGUGACCCAGCAGGGCCCAGCUACGCAGCAGCUACCCUCCAAGCCUCUAGUGCGGCCUCCUCGGCCUCCCCAGUUUCCAGGCCUGUCAGCAGCACCUCUAAGCCUCAGGAGUCUCCCAAAGGGAAGAGGAAGUUGGAUUUGAAUCUAGAAGAAAGGAAGAUCCCCAACAAACCAUCAGCCCAGCCCUCACCACCUGCCCUCAAGAGACCCAAAUUACCAGCUCCUACCCGCACCCCAUCCACGGCCCCCGUUCCUGCCGCAGCACAGGGGGCAGUGCCAGGGAAGCCCCGGGGAGAAGGCACCAAGGCCAGGGGAGCCCGAGCUGGCCCGCAGGAGCUGGGGAAGAUCCUUCAGGGUGUGGUGGUGGUUCUGAGUGGCUUCCAGAACCCCUUCCGCUCAGAGCUCCGGGACAAGGCUCUGGAGCUGGGUGCCAAGUAUCGUCCAGACUGGACCCCAGACAGCACUCACCUCAUCUGUGCCUUUGCCAACACCCCCAAGUACAGCCAGGUCUUGGGCCUCGGAGGUCGCAUUGUGUGUAAAGAAUGGGUGCUGGAUUGUCACCGCAUGCGUCGGCGGCUGCCCUCCCGAAGGUACCUCAUGGCCGGGCCUGGCUCCAGCAGCGAGGAUGAGGGGGGCUCUCACAAUGGCAGCAGUGAGGAUGAGGCCCCCAAACUUCCUCCCAAGCGCCCCCAGGCCAAAACCAAGACCCCCCAGGGAGCUGGACCCAAUUCACCCCAAAGGCCCCCAACUCCCGAAGAGACCAAAACAGCCUCGCCAGGGCCCCAGGAAGAUACGGACGUUGAGGAGGACCAGUCAGGACAAGACAAUGGAGCGGAAGAUUCUGGGGACACUGAGGAUGAGCUGAGGAGGGUGGCUGAGCAGAGGGAGCAGAAGCCGGCCCCUGGGCAGGAGGAAAAUGGCGAAGACCCGUAUGCAGGCUCCACAGACGAGAACACUGACAACGAGGAGCACCCGGAGUCUCCUGAGCUGCCGAUCCCGGAACUCCCAGACUUCUUCCAGGGCAAACACUUCUUCCUGUAUGGGGAGUUCCCUGGAGACGAGCGGCGGAAACUCAUCCGAUAUGUCACAGCUUUCAAUGGGGAGCUCGAGGAUUAUAUGAGCGACCGGGUUCAGUUUGUGAUCACGGCACAGGAGUGGGAUCCCAGCUUCGAGGAGGCCUUGAUGGACAACCCUUCCCUGGCAUUCGUUCGUCCCAGAUGGAUCUACAGUUGCAACGAGAAGCAGAAGUUACUUCCCCACCAGCUCUAUGGGGUCGUGCCCCAGGCCUGAAAUAGGUUCAAAGCCAGCUGUGGCCAGUUUACUGUCUUCCACAUGUAAAGGCCCUGUGAUUACACGGAGCCCACAUAGAUCACCUGGGAUAAUCUGUUUGAAGGUCAUUUACUUAACAACCUUCAUUCCUUCUCCACUUCAUUCUCCUUUGCCACAUAUUCACAGGUUCCAGGGAUUAGGAUGUGAACAUCUUUGGGAGGCCAUUCUUCUACCCACCACAACCAGCACGUGUAACACUAGGACUUCAGUGUAGGAAAAAAAAAAUGACACUAGUUCCUGAUCCCGCAGGGCUGCCAUUGCGCUGGAGAGCUGGGGAGUCUGGUGCACUGGGCAGUGAAAAACGCAGGGAGACAAAUUCAGCAGGGCAGUGGGGCAGGGUCCGGUAGUUUAUAGAGGAUUUGCCGCGCUCUGCAGGGCCCUGGGAGAUGUACAGGAGUACCUGGGAGAGCCCUUGCAGGCAGAGGGAAAGUAAGUGCAAAGGUUCUGAGGCAUGAGCAGGUCUCCUGUGCUUAAGGAGCAGACAGCAGGAUACCAGGAGACCCACCAUCUGCCCAUCCUCCCAGCUUUUAAAGGCAAUUCACAUUCCAUUCCAGACUCAGCUCCUGCCCUGUUUGGUUACAAGUAAAUCCUCUCUCAACCUCAUUUUUUCCAUGUGUACCAAGUAAGAUUGAGCCAAGUCAACAUCUCUCAGAUGAGUUUAAGUACUUGCAACUGCUGAUGGUGUGGUUGCUUUGGAAUAACUCCCAGCACUGCUCUCUGUGUAAACAUGAUAUAAGCAACACUGCAAGAGCAGAAUCUUUACCCUUUUGUGCUCCCCACCCGCCAAGAAUACAUGCUCUGCUUCUGUGGUUACUAA